CGUUACAUUAUGGUAUCAGAGCGGUCGGCUCUGAGUGCCUUAAAGACCUUAGGAGUCUAAGAAUUACCAAAACUUGGAAAUAUGAAACUACCUUUGUUUGAAAUUAUAAAUAAGUUACUAACUCAACUUGUAUGAUGGUUGAUAAAUGAAGAACAAAUAUAAUGAUAACUUAAGGAUAAAAUUGUUAAACCUCUCUUAUUUGAAGCAUAUGAGAUAAACAUUGAUACAGAUUCUCUUAGAUGUUAUUAGUCCGAACUUAUCAUGUAUAUAGAUAAUGAAUAUCUUAGUGAACAGCAUCAUGGACCCAAGACAACAACUUCCAUGCAAUCGCGAUCAUGAGGCAAAUCGUCACGAUGCUGAGGAUAGAGAGUUUCCACCUCCGCCACUUUAUGACGGAAUUCCUCAAGCCUUGGCGCAAUUCAUGGCUGAAACUACUAGGCAGCUCACUGAAGCAAUUUCAAGAAUUCCACGGCCUAUGGAGCGAAUUGAACGCCAGGGGUGCUCCAUCAAAGACUUCUCAAGCCAUCACUUUCGAUCAUUUAAUGGUAAUGAAGGACCCAAUGCAGCGGAAGCAUGGCUUACGGACAUCGAUACGCUAUUUGACACUCUUGGCUGCACGAGUGAACAAAAAGUACAGUACAUAGCGCUGAAUUUGACAGGCGAAGCAGGACGAUGGUGGACUUCGAAGAAAUUAUUAUUGGCAGGACCGAGAAAUGAAAUUAUCAUUACUUGGGAAAUGUUCAAAACAGAAUAUAAUAGGCGCUUUUUCCCAAGGGCUCAGAGGCAACUUCGGGCCAUUGAAUUCCAAAACCUUGUCCAAGGCAACAUGUCGGUGGAACAAUAUUCUGCAAGGUUCAUGGAAUUAGCUAGGUUUGCUCUCAAUCUGAUUCCAGACGAAGAAUCCAAGGCGGAGCGCUUUGAGAACGGCCUGACCCCUCGAGUCAAAGAACGAGUUAUUUGCCAUGAAAUUAAAGAUUUUGCUAGACUGGUGGAAGUUGCAUCUCUCGCUGAGAGAGGAAUCCGCGAAUCGGCAGCAGCCUACGACAUGAAGAAGCGGUCGAAACAACAGAUCUCAUACCCUACAAAGAGGUCAGCAGUGGGAAGUGGCUCUAGGCCUUUCGUAGAGAAGAGUUUUCCACCAGCGCGUAGGAAUCAAAUGACCCCAUGUAUCAAAUGUGGUAAGCAGCACGGAGGAGACUGUAAAAUGGGAAGCACAAGUUGUUUCAAAUGUGGGAAGACGGGACACUACCUCAAGGAUUGCCCUAUGAAUACUGCCGGAGGAUCAAAGCAACCAGGAGGCGGAUCUCAGCAACAAUACCUUACACAAGCUCGGGUAUAUUCACUUACACCUGGAGGAGUCAAUGAUGAUGAAGGAUUUACAAAUGUGGUGACAGGAAGUCAGUAA